AUGAGGCAGUUGCUCGAGUGGAAUGCUGUGGUCAACAAGAUAUGCAGCAAUUUGCGGCACUUCAGUGGCUACUCAUUCUGCGUAUCUCCAUUGGGUGGCUGGCCCUCGACCUCUCCAGUGGGUGCUGCAAAUCCCGGCACCCUCCAUGUUCAGAAUAAGAUCUUGCUUCCUACUUUGAAGCCUAUCGGCCCUGCCACAAUCUUUCGAAGGCCAAGUCAAGAGGAAUUGUUCGACACCGCUCGAGCUUUGUUACGGGCCAGCAACGAAGCAACCAAAGUCAACGCAGCAGUCUCCAAUCCGGAUAGCGCUGAAGGCAGAUUGAAAGCUAUGUUCUACACGAGUGGACCAGAUAAGGGCAAGAAGAUCCCCGAGGCAUGGGCAGAGGAGCACAGAGAGGACUGA